GUGGGAAGGCGGCACCUCCACCUCCAUUCCCACCCCUCCCCCCCACCGUCAUCCCUCCACGAAGAGUGUUAAUAACACGAACGCGCAGUGCUGAGAAACUGGACUGGGCUACCAUCCCUCUGGGCAGAGUUGGGAGCAAAUAUCCGAACAGUGAUCCAGCCAGGAGCUGACACAUCACUGAUGCCUGCAGCCGAACCCUUGGAAAGAAAAGAAGCAAGCAAGCGCUUCCAGUUUGGCCUAGGAAGGUAAUUGUUGCCUUGUCCAAAUCACUUGCUGGAGGAAAAAAAAAAGGUAUCCAUUUAGGUUGCCUAAUAGAGAUGCAGGAAGACGAUUUGAGUGAAAAAGGUCUGUUUGUUGCAUCUAUUAUGAGUAGAGUUAGAGACCUAAAAAACAAAUGUAAAAAUGAAGAUAAUGUUACAGAUGAAUUUAACUUUACUAAAGUAUCAACUGAUACAACAGAUAAUUCUGGAACUGUUAAUCAGAUUAUGAUGACUGCUAAUAAUCCUGAGGAUUGGUUGAGUUUCUUACUCAAAAUGGAGAAAAGGGGCACUUUUCAGACUGACACAAGCUUACUAAAUAGAUUGAUUGGUCGUUACAGCCAAGCAGUUGCAGCACUGUCAGCAGAAAAAUAUAGCCAGAAUGAAAACUAUGCUCAUAUUCUGGUUAGAUUUGCGGAACUGAAAGCUAUUGAAGAACCAGAAGACGCACGUGAUCAAUUCCAUCUUGCUAGGCUGAACUGCAAGAAAUUUGCUUUUGUCCAUGUAGCUUUUGCACAAUUUGAACUCUCACAAGGAAAUAUCAAGAAAGCGAAACAGCUGCUCGAAAAAGGUGUAGAAUCAAGAGCAGUUCCAGCAGAAAUGUUAGAAAUUGCUCUACGAAACUUAAACUUACAAAAAACACAACUACUUUCUGUUGAAGAAAAAGAAAAUUUGUCAGGAGCUAAUUUGCACAAUAUAACUGAGAACUUGCAGAAUAAGAAAAAAAAUACUGAUUUUAAUGAGAUCACUACCAGUAUGCCCAGUUUUUUCCCAGGAGAGAAAAAUGAUUCCUCGAGAGAGACUGAAUUGGUUUUUGGUGGACGCAAACCAUUAACACAAUUAAAUAAGUCUAAUCAGAAAUGUAUGUUUGGGAGAGUUCCUCUUCAAUUAAAUGAAAGUGAGAGUAAUGCAAAUGAACCAUUGAAGGUGGAAAUUCCUACUGUUGCAAAGAGGCAAACAUCUGGAACCAAUCUGAUCCAGCUACUACAGCCUGAAUCAAAACUUAACCAAAGUGGUCCUUAUCUGCCCAGAGACUUGAAGCCUUUGCCAGUUAGAAAUCUUAUACACUCAGAUGAAGAAAAUUCAGAAGUUGCUAUGAAUUCAACUCUAACGUUAAAGGAGAAAAAUGAUCCCGUUAAUGUUAAAAAAAGAGAAACCGAAAUACUGCAGGAGGAACCAAGAAUAAUAGAAUCCGCCUGUCUGGAAGGACAACAGCAGCCCCUUCUUUCUCUUGGAAGUUACCAAAAGGAGCAGGAGCAGUUCAAAUUAAAUUGUCUUGCAUCUAAAAAUAAAUGGUCCCACCUUGAAACACAGCAUAAAAGAAACUCAGAGGGAAAAAACUCAAGCCUUGAACAUGCUGCCUUUCCAUUUCCUAAAAGAUGUUCACCAUCAGAGCAAGUUUCACGUACCAUUUCACCAGAGACUGCUUCAGAGAGAAAAAGUCAAGCUUUUGUUGGUGGAACACCUCGCAACAACAUGGUUCAUGAUUAUGUGGCCUGUACUCCAGUUGUAAGAAAUAAUUUUCUUCCUAUGGAUAGGGCAACUACACCAUAUAACCAGUUUUCAUAUUUGCAACAUUGUACUCCAACAACUCCAUUCCAUCUACAGAGUGGAUUACAGGUUUCAGCUUCUGUAUCACCAAAUGAAUGCAUACUUGUUAAAGGAAAAUUGUACUCUGUGUUAAAACAAAUAGGCAGAGGAGGAUCUAGUAAGGUAUUUCAAGUACUUGAUGAAAAGAAACAGCUUUUUGCCAUCAAACAUGUUAAUCUAGAAGAAGCAGAUCAACAGACCAUAGAAAGCUAUAAAAAUGAGAUUGCUCACUUAAACAAACUUCAGCAACAUAGUGAUAAGAUCAUCCGACUUUAUGACUAUGAAAUCAGUGAGAAGAAUGUCUAUAUGGUGAUGGAAUGUGGAAAUAUUGAUCUUAAUAGCUGGCUUAAAAAGAAAAAAACAAUUAAUCCAUGGGAACGGAAAAGUUAUUGGAAAAACAUGCUGGAAGCUGUCCAUACAAUUCACCAACAUGGUAUUGUUCAUAGUGAUCUGAAACCAGCAAACUUUCUAUUAGUAGAUGGAAUGCUGAAACUAAUAGAUUUUGGCAUUGCAAAUCAGAUGCAGCCAGAUGUGACUAGCAUUGUUAAAGAUUCCCAGGUCGGCACCAUUAAUUACAUGCCACCAGAGGCGAUCAAAGAUAUGUCUUCCAGUGCAGAAAAUGGCAAGUCAAGAUCAAAGAUUAGUCCAAAAAGUGAUGUAUGGUCAUUGGGUUGUAUUUUAUAUUGCAUGACUUAUGGAAAAACUCCAUUUCAGAACAUAACGAAUUACAUAACAAAACUUCAUGCCAUAAUUGACCCUAAUUAUGAAAUAAUGUUUCCUGAUAUUGCAGAAAAGGAUCUUCUAGAUGUCUUAAAGAAUUGUUUAAUUAGGAAUCCCAAGCAAAGAAUAUCUAUCUCUGAACUCUUGAUUCAUCCUUAUGUACAUAUACAGUCCAAUUCACAAACAGGACAUCAAAAUGCAAAAGGAACAUCAGAAGAAAUGAAGCAUAUUCUUGGUCAACUUAUUGGCUUGAAUUCUCCUAACUCUAUUUCUAAAGCUGCCAGAACUUUAUAUGAGCAGUGCAACAAAGGUGAAGGUUUAGAUGUGUCUGCUUUUUCAAAAUCUGACAGUCGGACAACCUGGAAAACAAAGUAAUAAGGCCUGAUUUACAAAAGAUAUUAAUGAAAAGAUAUUCUAAGCAAAGGCUGGUCCCAUCUGGAUAUAUUUGUCUUGCCACUUACAAAUACUUUUCAUCAUUUGUUCAUCUAGUAUUUGCAUAUGAAUAUUAUGGAGCACCCCUGCUAUAUAACAUGCUGGUCUGCUGUUAUAUUUGAAUAGCAAAUACUUGUGGAUUAGUUGCGUAAAAGCUUAGCUGCAAUUCUGAAUCUUGAGAGAAAUAUUUUGACUUGUUUUAAGAUGAACUAAGGAACUCUAGUUCUGGGCAACUAUCUUUAAGAAUCAAGUCAAUUAAUUAUCAGAUUCAGCUGCCAUUUUUUCAUGUUUUGCUGUGGUAGAUACUAUAAAAGCAGUACUUCAAAUUAUGCUGCUUUUAUCCAUUAUUUUAUCCUGUACAUAUUCCUAUGGAAAGAUUUUGAUGUAUAGAUGAUACAGUCUACUGAUACUGAUGUUCAACUUUGUAAAUAAAAAGAUAAUCAUCCUGCGUUAA